UUGUAGUGUCAUAAUUAAGUUGAAAUCUAUUCAAGAAAAUUUGGCAAUUUCAAAUGGGAGUAUAGCUUUUUGUUUUGAUAUCGAAAUAAUAAAUUCAAAAAACCCCAGUUUUAAUAAAAGUUAUUUUCAAUUAAAAUGGAGCAAGACGUCGACAAUAACUUUAAAAUCAUCUGCAGUACAUGCUUGUGUGGUGACCGUAAACUAUUCGCUUUGAAUAACACCCAAGAAGUGUAUCAUAUUUUUCGUUUGUUGAUGUUCGAUUUCGCGGGUGAAGCUAUGGGAGAUUCGGUUCAAGAUACUGAGCAGCUCGUCUGCUGGGAGUGCUUAGCAAUUAUGAGGAAGUUCCUGAAAUUCAAAUGGCAGGUGCACAAUGCACAGGAGCACUUGAAGGUCAAAGGAGUGAACCAGUCACAGGAAACCCUGGAUCACACCUAUCUCCCGCAGCCAUUAUCAUCACUGGAUGUCUCGUCAAAGUGUGAUUACGACAAAAUAUUCUUCGACUUCACCUUUGGCGGAGACGACACCCAGUACAUCUCCAUCACGAACUCCGAGGACGUUAAGAGUGAGCAUUAUGACAUGGUUACCGCUGUCAGAGACAAUAUCAAUCUUCAAAUCGAAGACCAUAUUCUGGAAGUUCCUGAAUUCGUGUUGGGGGGACCAGUGUCGGAUGUGAUGUCGCAUAUCGUUGUGGGAACUGACGAGUUGACAACAGUCGAUGAGUAUGAAAAUAAUAUAAAAACUGAUGGAAUACCGCAUUUGACAAUGAGUCCCCUAACGACAACACAAGAAGACACCAUCGUGGUCCAAAGGCCGAAAAUCGAGAGAGUGGAUAUAACGCAUGCGGGCUAUAAAAUCGAAUACAUGUCCGAGAGUCAGAUGCUGGCUUACAGAGAGGAACUCAAGGACAAGGUCAGCUACGCCAGCUCCGUGUACAAGUGCGAGCUGUGCGUCCUGGGCUUCUACUGCCAGCAGCUCAUCAAGGAUCACUUCGUGUCCUGCCACCGCGCCAAGCCGGGCACCCUGGCGUGCCGGAUAUGCUACGUGUACGUGGAGGAGUCGAAGCUGACCUCGCACGUGGACUCGCACUACAUGAAGCACGUGUGCAACCUGUGCGGCCACGUGGAGCAGAGCCGCGGCAUCAUGAUGAUCCACGUGGCCGGCCACGCCGAGACCAGGGUGCCCAGCAACGUCAUCAGGAUCGGGGACCUGGGGCCCUUCGGCAGCAAGGGUAGGAAGAAAAAGCAGGAAGCGACGAAGAAGGCAGCGCCGCCCGCCAAACCCGGAGAUCUGAGGAGGCUGCUGUCCAAGACCACCAUAGAGGGAUACAAGUGCCUGGAAUGCGACAUGUUCUUUAAGAGCACCAGGGCUCGCAAGACCCACGUCGCGAGGUACCACCGGGAGGGCCUCCAGUGUGACCACUGCAAGAAAACCUUCGUGAACAAAUCCACAUUGGUCACCCAUCUCAAGUUGCACGACGGUCCGUUACCGCGGGACGAGUGCCCGAUAUGCCACAAGAUGGUGAGGUCCACGCAACUGAAGUACCACGUCCAGAGGCACAAGAGCAAGAGUCGGUACGAGUGCGAGGAGUGCAACAAGGUGUUCUCCCACCUCGCGACCUACCAAGCGCACCUCAAAUACGCCAGGGCGCACGCCACCGAGCAAGUCCUCAAGUACCCUUGCCCGAUGUGCAACAAGGGCUACCCCACGAAGGAAGCGAUGCAGGACCACUUCAACUACCAGCACCUGGGGAAGACUGCGCACAAGUGUCCCGUGUGCGAAAAGCCCAUAGCCUCCAGGGCGAAUGUUGUGAAGCACGUGAUGAGGGUGCACGGCGAGAAGAAGGAGAAGCCGAGGAACCACGCCUGCGGGAUGUGCAGGAAACGAUUCACUGACAAGAAGGCUCUGACUCAGCACGAGGUGAUCCACUCCCGGGAGAGGCCGCUGACCUGCGACAUCUGCCAACAAACCUUCAAGCAGAAGGCCUCUCUUUACACGCACAAGAAGAGGGUCCACAAAGUCGUGCCCAACAAGAAAGUCGUUGAAUUCAUUGAGGCGACGGCUUAGUGAUGUCCCGGGACUGCACCGCGCUAGUGGUGUUCGCGAGGAAGCUUCGGCCCCAUCAGGCAGGAGUGAUGUUGCACGAGCGUAUGACGUGCCUUAUCAAUGAAGAAGUCUUCAGCGAAGGGCUCCUGAGGGCGCAUAUGGCGGUAACGAAUCUGAGACUGCGAGCCCCUGGUUAGGGGUGUGUCGGGUACCACGUAUAUUGGUGAUUGGAGACCCAUAUAGGAACUCAGGGGGCUACAGUGAUUAUUGUGAAGGAAUUCGGUAGGCAGCGGCUUGGCUCUGCCCCUGGCUUUGUUGUAGUCCAUGGGCGACGGUAACCACUCACCAUCAGGUGGGCCGUAUGCUUAUCUGCCUACAAGGGCAAUAAAAAAAAACACCACCAUGUAAAUGUCGUAAGUGAGAUCCAUAAUCGACAACGAGUGCGAAUUGAAUUCUUUGAUGAGAGAGAGAGAGAGAACGAAAGAUCUUCCGUCCCUUUUUCGAUACAAAUCGUAGCACUACACGACUUUAACCUGUUGCUAUCGUCGACCGCUAAGAAGUUGCACUUCUGUCCUUUUUCGGCUCGAGUCGCCGUGCAAGCGUAACGGAGUGAAGUCGCCGCCAAACACGAGCAUGCCGUCUCUCUCGCACUCGUUAACUCUCUAAAAGCGAUGAUACCAUGCACCACUCUUGACCUCAUGACCUUGAGUUUUGCUCGUAUGAAACUUAAAAACUGAAUCUUUUACUGGCAGCCCGCGCGGGUAGGUACCAGCGUUCUGCGUCUUCCUGCCACUAAACAGGCGUUCCUGUUUGACAGCAUUAUAAUAUACAAUUGGAGCUUAAAGCUCAUAUCUCAGGUGAUCAGACCUUAUUAUCACAUGAGCCUGUCUACCGGUCUAGUGAACAUCGCUCAUAAUUCCUUUUACUCUGAAGUUAAAAAAAAUAUGUUAUUCCAUUAGAAAGAAUACGCUUACAAAUAGAUUAUUGUAAUUGUGUAUAUAAACAAUUCAAUGGAAGCGAAAACCGCCUCGCUUCGUCCGAGGUCAUUCAACCCGGCGCGUCAUAUUGUGUUUCAUUGCGCGCCCUCUAUACUUUGAUAUUUAACAC